AUGUCCUCUCCUGGAGCUCUGGAGGUGGUAAACAUCCCCUGGAGGAACAACAACUUCAGCCUGCUGAGUAAAGAUGCUCCGCUGUCUGACGAGGGAGACACGAUCAUUGGAGUUUACCUGCUGCUGCUUGGUUGGCUGUCAUGGUUUGGAAACAGUAUAGUGAUCUUUGUCCUGUUUAAGCAGAGGGCGACUCUGCAACCCACAGAUUACCUCACUCUUAACCUGGCCAUAUCAGACGCCAGCAUCUCAGUGUUUGGAUACUCCCGUGGAAUCCUCGAGAUCUUCAAUGUGUUUCAGGAUAACGGAUACAUCACCACCUCAUUGUGGACCUGCCAGGUGGACGGCUUCUUUACUCUCCUCUUUGGCCUGGGUAGCAUUACCACGUUAAGUGCCAUCAGUGUCACCCGAUACAUAAAGGGAUGCCACCCAGACAAAGCUCACUGUAUCACAAACACGACUGUAGCUAUGAGUAUCCUGUUCAUAUGGAUUUCAGCUUUAUUCUGGUCUACAGCUCCACUAGUAGGCUGGGGAAGUUACACAGAUCGAGGGUAUGGUACCUGCGAGAUUGACUGGGCCAAAGCGAAUUACUCCACCAUCCACAAAUCCUACAUCAUCACCAUCCUGAUCUUUUGUUUCUUUGUUCCUGUAUUGAUCAUGCUGUUCUGCUACAUUUCCAUCAUCAACACUGUGAAGAGAGGCAACGCCAUGUCAGCACAUGGAGACUUGACUGACCGACAGAGGAAGAUCGAGAGAGAUGUCACCAUAGUUUCAAUCGUCAUCUGCACAGCGUUCAUCCUGGCUUGGUCUCCGUAUGCCGUGGUGUCCAUUUGGUCAGCGUGCGGCUUCCAUGUACCCAGUCUGACCAGCAUCUUCACCCGGCUCAUUGCAAAGUCUGCAAGCUUCUAUAACCCACUCAUCUACUUUGGCCUCAGCUCCAAAUUUCGCAAAGAUGUUGCUGUGCUGCUGCCUUGCCCCCGACAUCGCAAUGACGCAGUCAAACUCAAACGCUAUACACACAUGAAGGCCAAAGGAGAAGAGCAUCACAGGUACAGAGCUGAGGGACAGGAGGCGUGCAUUCCUGCUUACCAACAGGCCAAGGAGGAGCCCCAGGCAGGAGGAGAGCCUAUUCAUUUUAUGCCCAGCCCUGACUCUGGUGUGUGCAGCCACCCCCACACUUCUCCUCUACUCAACAACCAGGGGCAUUUCAUUCAGAUGCUUCAAACGUCUGAAUCCCUCAUGUAUGAGUCUGACAGACUGUAG